CUCCGGGCCGCCGGGCACCGGACGAGCAUGGAGAAGUACGAGGAGAACAUGGCACUGAAGGCCACUAAGUUCAUGGAGGACCUGUCCCUCUACGAGCCGUGUCCGGACGCUUCGUACGGCCGGGGAGGCCGCCGGGACCUAUCGCUGCACCCCGACCUGGAGGAGACGCAGCGGGUCAUCGCCGCCCACAUGACGGCGGAGCAGCGGGGCCGGAAGAUGAACGGUACCGCCGCGCCGCCGCCGCCCGCCGAAGCGUUCCCCGCCGCCACCCCCUGCGGCAAAGCCGCCCCGCUCCGCGCCGCCAACGGGCGCCCCUCAGCCGAGCCGCCGUGCUGCGAGGAGGGGCUGUGCACCCGCUCCGAGGUGGCGCUGCCCUGCUACAGCGGCUUCCCCGACAAGGGCAAGCGCUACUCGGCCGAGGGCUACCGCUACGCCGCGGGCAGCGCCUACGAGAGCGGCUACGUGGCCAAGGGCGGCGGGCGGGCUCCCGGCGGCUCGGACGCCAAGUUCGGCAGCGCCAGCCCCCGGGCCAGCCUGGCCGCCCCCCCGGGCCCGGGACCCGGCGUGGAGCACGGCAAGUUCUCCAGUCCGCGCUCCAGUCUGGGCGGUGCGGCCGCGCUGCCCUACGAGAAGUUCUCCAGCCCCCGCUCCAGCCUGGUGGUGCCCGGCCAGGAGAAGUACGGCAGCCCCCGCGGCAGCCUGGUGCAGUACGACGGGGCCGCGCUCAGCCCUCGCUCCAGCUAUGCCAGCACGGCCAGCGACACCAGCAAACACUCCAGCCCCCGCGCCAGCCUCACCAGCUACGACGGCGGCAGCAAACCCAGCAGCAACCGCACCAGCGGCAUCAGCAUGGGCUACGACCAGCGGCACGCCAGCCCCCGCUCCAGCACGGCCAGCCAGUACUCGUGCACCACCAGCCCGCGCUCCAGCUACUCGGACUCCAGGUACGGGCCGCCGGGUGGCGCCGAGCUGGACGGGGCGGCGUCCGCCGGGCUCGUCGUGGCCAGUCCCCGCUCCAGCCUCUGCAGCCCCGAGGGUCGCGGCGCGCCGGGCGCCGCCGUGGUCAGUCCCCGCUCCAGCAUCUCCAGCCAGAGCUCGCGGAGCUCCCGCGGCUCCAUGAGCGCCUACCCCGAGCUGCAGCUGCCGUCGCCCCGCUCGUCGCUGCUGGGGCCCGGCCCGCACGAGGACUGCGCCGCUCCCGAGCUCGGGGACGUGUACCGCAAGGUCCGCGCUCAGUCUCCGCCGCGGCACGACCCGCAGCACCCGGCGGCCGCCGGGCCCGACGCCGCGCCCCCCUACGCCUACAGCCCCAGCAAGGGAUCCGCUGCGGCGAACAAGUUCAAGCUGCCGUACCAGGUGACGCCGUGCCGGGACAGCGGCCCCAGCCAGGCCGAGAGGCGGCUGGAGGCGUUGACGCUGGAGCUGGAGAAGGAGCUGGAGAUGCACAUGAAGAAGGAAUACUUCGGUAUUUGUAUAAAAUGUGGAAAAGGUGUGUAUGGAGCGAGCCAGGCUUGCCAAGCAAUGGGUAACCUCUAUCAUACCAACUGCUUCACGUGUUGCUCUUGUGGGAGAAGACUAAGAGGAAAAGCGUUCUACAAUGUCAAUGGCAAGGUGUACUGUGAAGAAGACUUCCUAUACUCAGGUUUCCAGCAAACAGCAGACAAGUGCUUUGUUUGUGGACACCUCAUAAUGGAAAUGAUCUUACAGGCCCUUGGAAAGUCAUACCACCCUGGCUGCUUCCGCUGCGUGGUAUGUAACGAGUGUUUGGAUGGAGUCCCCUUCACUGUAGAUGUGGAGAACAAUAUUUACUGUGUCAAAGACUACCAUACGGUUUUUGCACCAAAAUGCGCUUCCUGUAACCAGCCGAUUCUACCAGCACAGGGAUCUGAAGAAACCAUCCGAGUAGUGUCAAUGGACAAAGACUACCACGUGGAGUGCUAUCACUGUGAGGAUUGUGGCUUGCAGCUCAAUGAUGAGGAAGGCCAUCGUUGUUACCCAUUAGAGGGCCACUUGCUCUGUCACGGCUGUCACAUCAGGCGCCUUAAUAUUAAAUUGCCAUCGCAUCCACCGCCGAGCUAUCCAAUGCACGUCACAGAACUCUGAAAGACAUUUCCAUUGCCACAAAUUAAAAGUGACUUUCCUGUUCCUUUAAAGAUGAUAUUCCAGUAAUAACCAUCUAAACCAGCUAUUUAUUUUUUAAAUCAGAGGUAAGGGGUUCUUUCUAAUCUUGUAUAUAUGUGUUCUUUUAUUUAGACAUUUUCACUGAGACACCGUCUACUUGAACAAAUAGUGCGCCAUUAAGUCAUAACUGCAAGUGCAAGCAUCUUUAAAAACAGUGGUACAAAGGGCUGUUCUGCACUCCUGGCUUAUCGGAUUCGGUGGAGGUUUUGCCCAAGCAAGGAGUGCAGAAUAAAUUUCCAAAAUGUAGCACCUUUAUCAUGUUGCAGCAGGAAUGGUGAGAUCAAUGCCAGCAGUUCUGCUGGUAUCCCUGAAAUCUGGUCUUAGAGAAUACAAGUAUCACAUUUUAAAAAAAAAUUACAUUCCCAGAAUUAGCGAAUGGGAAGCAAAUGAGUGUUUUUAGCAGUGACAGUUUUCAGCAUGGGUUAGAAAGUGGCAUUCUGUGAAGAUGCAUCAGGACAACCUACAUGGUUCCAGAGUGAUCAAAAACUAACUUGGUCAAGGGUCUCAUAACAAACCACGUAACAGAAGAGUAUAUCCCAAAGAGCAGUACAUGCAGGGUUGUAACAAUUGAAGGAAGGUACUGAGCUCAGAAAUUGCUUGUUGUGUAGCAGUGUAGCUUCAAAAUGCAUUCCUAUGAAAUUGAUGAUUUGGCACUUCGUUAUCAAUUCAUCUUCAAAUCUGUUUUGUUUUUUUAAUAGAGUUAGCAGCCCCUUUCUAUGCAAAGUCAAACUUGUCUUUAUGCUGCUUGUUUUACCAUUUGUUCAUUUGUUACCAGCUGCUUUAAGAUUAUAUGUUGAGAUGUUAAAAAGGAGGGGCUGUGCUUUCUGUAUAAUUUUUCUUUUCAGCUUUGUGUUCUUUUCUAGAUGUACAUUUCAACAGAUGAUGGUGGUUAUCUUCAUUGGAAAAACAAAAUACAGUUUAGCAGAAAUAAUAAUUUAGAGUCAGACAAUUGAAACACCGAUAUUUUAUAACAAGUAUUAGAUGUACAUAGAAUGUACACACUUCCAUGUUUUGCAUAAGCUGUUACAGUAACCUCAGAGCUCUGGGGAAAUAUAUGUCUUCCAUAUAGGAAGUUGGAUGAAUCUUUUUUUAUGGUUUUUCUACCAUGUGUUGAUGAUUUACAUGCAAAUCACACAUCUGUAUGUUUAAAAAAUUCCUUGCAUUCUCAUGAGAAUUUAUACAGCCUUCCUGAAUUUGUAUUUUAAAUAAAUCCAUCGUUGCUGUCUUUGUAUCCAAAAUUACAAUAAAAUAAAACUCUUCUGCUCCAGAGGAAGUGGAAAUACCAGACCAGAUUCUCGGCAUGUGUAAACUGGGACACUUCAGUGCGAGUUCUCAGCAUGUCCAGAAUCUGAGUGGUCCAUGCAGAAAUGAUCACGUUAAAUUCGGCAUGCAGACUGAUGAAAUGACUUAUUUGGUAACACCAUUGCAGUUCAGUUUCUUAUGCUCCAUUGAUUUUUUGAAAGCCAUUCGUAGUGCUCUUGAAAAAAGUACAAAGGGCAUCCAAUGGACACUAAUUCCUAAGUGGAAUAAUUAACUCUCUUAACAGAAUUUUUUGACAGUCUGGAAUUUCCUUGGGGAAGUGGGGCAGAGCAAAGGAGGCAGGAAAAAUUCUUGUGAAGUAUUUGUUUUUUUCUGUUAGUAAGGAACAAAAGCUUUGUUUUCUGAACUUCUGCCAAACUUCCUCUGGCCUAGAUGAACCUGUUCUACCCAAUGCUCUUUAGCAAGUCAGAUACUCCUUUAAAAAGUAAUUUACUAAUUAAUAUACAAGUUAGUGUGAGUGCCAUGUAUUGCAGGAAUUACUGUAUAACUCAUGCCCUGUUUCGGCAGUGUGAGCUAGGAAGCCCCCUUUGCAGAAGAGUAGAUAUUGGCUGCAUGCACACGGGCCUUUACAAGCAUUACCUCUGUGCCCACAGUCACCAAACAAGCCUCAGAGAGAAGCAGAAAUACCAGUGCCUCUUGCCCAAACAGCAAAUUCUACUAGAAAAAGAAAAAAACUGUCUUCAGUUGGGUUAAAUAACCAGGCGAAUUCCAUUAGGGUUACUAGGAACAAUAGGAAAUGGAAGGUAGAGCUUCAGGAUAAACUUUUAGCCUGAGCUGCAAUGUAAUACUUUUCCAUUUAAGGAAGCUGCUUUGGCCCACAUCUAUCUUUGAGGUAUUCCUAAUUGCUUGUCUUGACAAUUACAUAUUAAAGAAUUCAAAUUAAGGAAACAAUCAUUAAAAUACACAGAGGAUAUUUGGGUCUGUUCCUCCGAGCAAGUCAUCCCAUAGCAGUACAUGCUGUACACUGAUGCAAAACCUUACAAACCACUGCGGCCAGAGGUGGAGGUGACUCUGGCAUUUAGCCCGGCCUUCAGCCAGUACCUUCCUCAGCACUUCCACCUCCAGCCAGCAGCAGGGUUAAGUUUCCUGCUCAACGUUACUUUCCAAAGGUCAGAAGAUUAUCCAACAUGAACCUGUGAUACCUUUUUCUUCUUGUUGUUUUUUGAAAAUGAUCAUGCUAUAGAACAGAAUAAUAUUUAAUUUCACGUGUUAAUUUGUCUUGCUUGUAGUUCUGCUCAGUUCCAACAUGUUAAGCAUUCUCACAGUGCUAUACUGAAAGUACAGUUUCAGUACAGAAUAAGAAAUUUGUUUAAGACCAGAAAGCAGCAGUUGUUCCAGCAUUUCCUACAGACAGGUGUGUUUUGGGUUUGGAUAAUGAAGUUUGCUUUUCCAGCAUUUAAUUUAAAAACUGGCGGUUGAGUGAAAUUUGCCAGUUUUCAAUCAAAGAACAGAAGAAAAAAAUAGAAGCUAAUCUGAAGUAACGAUGUCUGCACGCUGUAGUGCUAGCGACAGCUUCUGCACAUUUCACCUCCUGUCUGGGGAAUUAUGUAAGUGAGAAAACUUCAUUUAAUUAUUUUCUUAAGGAGUAUAUGCUUAAAUUAAAGCAGUUCAACACAGAUGUAAACUUUCCGGAGCUCAUUUUAUGACGUGGUUGUUCAUAAGAGGCCUUUUUACAUUCUGUGUUGUCAGAAUAUUUCCAUGAAGUUAAAACAAUACCAACUUGUUCUCAUUUGCAUCAGGAAUGCACCUUACUGCUUUGGUAAGGAGGCCUUACCAGGUCCCUGCAGCACAGAGCUGUUCUAGGAGAUUCAGUGUCCCUCAUGCGCUGGAGGAAACGUUCCAAAGAAAGGACCAAAAUAGUAACUGAAAAAGAAAACAAAAGAAUGCACUCAGAUAAUUGAGCUUUCAGAAGGAGUUUGUUUGGGUUUCUUUCUGUUUCUUUUCACUUGUGUGCACAUGUGUGUGUAUGUAUAUUUUGUAAGGUGGAGCUUCAAAAGGAAAACAUGGUUAGAGGAGCUCUUUAAGAUGAGAAAUUCCAGAGUAGUUAAGUAAACCAAAGCUCUAAAGGAGACAAAAGCUGCUUUCUUGUGUUUCAAGGAAAGUUUAAAAGUUUGUCAUUCAUCCUGUAACUAAUGCCGUAACUAGAGUGUAUAAUUUGACUUAAAUUAAGUUUUCAUUUGAGAAAUAUUUUCAUUUUCUUUAAAAGAAUAUAGUUUUCUUCCAAGAACUUGGACCAACAUUGAUUUUUAUUUUGUAGGAAAUAUAUAAAUUCCCUGUUUGUAUAUCAUGUAACUAGUUUACAUGCUGAAAAUAUACAUUAGUUUAACUAUUUUUGUAUAUAUCCUUGUAAAACUUUCAAAUGUGCUUCUGUCUUUUAGUCUUUAGAGUUACUUGUGGUUUUGUGUUUCAGUGUUUGAUUCCCUUGAUUGUUAAAGAAAAAUAAUUGGGAAAUGUAGAUUUAUUUAUCUAAAGAAGAAGCUACUUGCUAUCUCCCUAAGUUAUUUAAUAUUAAAGUCAGACGUUUCAUUUAACCUUAGAUGCUAUAAUCUGCUUUUUUCAAUAAAGAUGUUUUCUAGUUA